GAGUAACUUUGGCGCUAUUCUCAGUGUUAACGAUCGGAGCAUGGGGAAGAUGAUUACAACGUUAGUAGUGUUAUUAUCAUUGCUCUCAUUACUCCCGUUUCCAUCGGAAUCAGCGGUUUCGAGUGUGGAUCUAGGUUCAGAAUGGGUGAAAGUCGCUGUUGUUAACCUAAAACGAGGACAGAGUCCAAUCUCUGUAGCAAUCAACGAGAUGUCAAAGAGGAAAUCUCCAUCUUUAGUAGCGUUUCACUCUGGUGAUAGGUUACUAGGCGAGGAAGCUGCAGGGAUCACGGCUCGUUACCCGAAUAAAGUUUACUCACAGCUUAGGGACAUGGUGGGGAAGCCUUUCAAACACGUCAAGGAUUUUAUCGAUUCUGUUUACUUACCGUUUGAUAUAGUGGAGGAUUCUAGAGGUGCGGUUGGUGUUAAGAUUGAUGACGGUGCGACUGUUUACUCGGUGGAGGAGUUGUUGGCUAUGAUCUUGGGGUAUGGAUCAGAUCUUGCUGAGUUUCAUGCGAAGAUUCCGGUUAAGGAUAUGGUUGUUUCGGUUCCGCCUUACUUUGGGCAGGCUGAGAGACGGGGUUUGAUCCAGGCUUCUCAGUUGGCUGGGGUUAAUGUUUUGUCGCUGGUUCAUGAGCAUUCCGGUGCAGCUUUGCAGUAUGGGAUUGAUAAGGAUUUCUCUAAUGGGUCGAGGAAUGUUGUAUUUUAUGAUAUGGGUUCGAGUAGUACUUAUGCAGCUCUUGUUUAUUACUCUGCUUAUGAUGAGAAGGAAUUUGGCAAGAAUGUUUCUGUCAACCAGUUUCAGGUCAAGGAUGUUAGAUGGGACUCGGGACUUGGAGGACAGAGUAUGGAGAUGCGCUUGGUAGAGUACUUUGCAGAUGAGUUUAAUAAACAGCUCGGUAAUGGUGUUGAUGUCAGGAAGUUCCCUAAAGCAAUGGCUAAAUUGAAAAAACAAGUCAAACGUACAAAGGAAAUUUUGAGUGCAAACACUGCAGCUCCAAUAUCUGUUGAAUCUCUUCAUGAUGAUCGUGACUUCAGGAGCACGAUUUCCCGUGAGAAGUUUGAGGAACUAUGCAAAGAUCUUUGGGAGAGAUCUCUGACACCUUUGAAAGAUGUGCUCAAGCAUUCAGGUUUGAAGAUUGAUGAUAUAUAUGCAGUGGAGCUAAUAGGAGGAGCUACUAGAGUCCCCAAACUACAGAGCACGAUCCAGGAAUUUAUUGGAAAGCAAGAUUUAGACAAACAUCUGGAUGCUGAUGAGGCUAUUGUCCUUGGCUCAGCACUGCAUGCUGCUAACUUGAGCGAUGGAAUCAAAUUGAAACGUAGGCUAGGUAUAGUUGAUGGUUCCCCCUAUGGUUUCUUAGUUGAGCUGGACGGCCCAAAUGUAAAGAAAGAUGAGAGCACAAAGCAACAACUCGUACCACGGAUGAAAAAGCUACCGAGCAAGAUGUUCAGAUCCUUUGUCCUUGACAAAGAUUUUGAUGUGUCACUUGCUUAUGAGUCCGGAGACAUCCUACCCCCAGGAAUUACCUCCCCUGUGUUUGCACAGUAUUCUGUAUCUGGCUUGGCGGAUGCAACUGAGAAAUAUUCUUCCCGGAAUCUAUCAGCACCUAUCAAAGCAAAUUUGCAUUUCUCUUUAAGUAGAAGUGGGAUUCUCAGUCUAGAUCGGGGAGAUGCUGUCAUUGAAAUCACAGAAUGGGUAGAAGUUCCUAAGAAGAACGUAACUGUUGAUAAUAACACAACCUCAACAACAGGCAAUGCCUCUACUGGAGCUGCCUCUGAUGAGAAUUCAAAAGAAAACAAAGAGGAGUUACAAGCUGAUGCUGAAAACAGCACUGAUUCAAAUACAACCGCAGAAGAACCAGCUGUAGUUGAACUGGGCACAGAAAAAAAGCUGAAGAAGCGAACAUUCAGGGUUCCUCUGAAGGUAGUUGAGAAAACUGUUGGACCUGGAGCACCUUUUACGAAAGAGUCCCUUGCUGAAGCCAAGAUAAAAUUAGAAGCCUUGGACAAGAAAGAUAGGGAAAGAAGAAGAACGGCUGAGUUGAAAAACAACCUUGAAUCUUACGUUUAUGCUACCAAAGAGAAGCUAGAAACACCCGAAUUUGAAAAAGUUUCCACCCAAGAAGAGCGCAAGGCGUUUGUUGAGAAGCUUGAUGAGGUGCAAGAUUGGCUUUACAUGGACGGCGAAGAUGCUAAUGCCACAGAGUUUCAGGACCGUCUUGACUCACUAAAAGCCAUUGGCAGUCCCAUAUCUUUACGAUCAGAAGAGCUAACAGCACGACCAGUAGCAGUUGAAUACGCUCAAAAAUACCUAGCCGAAGUGAAAGAGAUCAUAAAAGAGUGGGAGACGAACAAAACUUGGCUUCCAAAAGAAAAAAUCGACGAGGUGUCAAAGGAAGCAGAGAAAGUAAAAAGCUGGUUGGAGAAGAAUGAAGCUGAGCAGAAAAAGACUGCUCUCUGGAGCAAGCCAGUGUUCACGUCCGAUGAAGUGUACGCCAAAGUAUUUACUCUGCAAGACAAGGUGACUAAGGUUAAUAGGAUUCCAAAGCCAAAGCCAAAGAUAGAGAAAGCAACCAAGAAGGAGAACACAACGAAGGAGGAACAAUCAAAUUCCUCCACCAAUUCUUCUGAAUCUGCCGAAGAAGAAGAAGAGCACGAGGAGCUUUGAUUAACAUAUAUUUAUAUUUAAUAACAGACUUUAUUUUUGUGUGUGUUCCAAGUGUCAAAAAAUAGGAAGGAUAGUAAAGCCAAGCUGAAAUGAGCAAAAAUAAUUUUAUAUGUUUUCUUAUCUUUUUCACAUUGGAAUAGGGAUACUAAUAUCAAGUUUUGGUCUCUUUUUACAUUUGAAACUUUAAUAUAGUGGAAAUUCACAUUCAA